AUGGCCCCGAGCACGUUUAGAAAUGUUAUUGGAGCAGUCAAGGAUCAAACUAGCAUAGGCUUGGCCAAAGUCGGUAGCAGCUCUUCGUUGUCAGACCUCGAGGUAGCCAUUGUUAAGGCGACGAGGCAUGAAGAACACCCACCGGAUGAGAAGCAUAUUAGAGAAAUCCUGAGGUUAACAUGUUCCUCGCCUCAAUAUGUAGGCGCAUGCGUUAGCACCAUUUCGAGGCGCAUAAGCAAAACAAGGAACUGGGUUGUGGCAUUGAAGGCAUUGAUGUUGAUCCAGAGGCUACUUACAGAAGGAAAUCCAGCCUUUGCACAGGAGAUUUUCUUUGCUACAAGGCGUGGGACUCGCCUUCUUAACAUGUCUGAUUUUCGAGACAGAUCUAGGUCGAACUCAUGGGAUUAUUCUGCAUUUAUCCGAACAUAUGCAUUGUACCUGGACGAACACCUUGAAUUCAAGAUGCAAAGCAAGCGGGGAAAGCACAGUGCAUUUGCCUACGAUGAGGAAAAAGAGGUUGGCAGGAAAGCCAAGGGUGUCAGGGCAACACCGGUGUGCGAAAUGAAGAACGAAUGUAUAUUCUCAAGGAUUCAUCAUCUGAUGCAACUCCUUGAGAGAUUUUUAGCAUGCAGACCAGCAGGGGUUGCAAAAUAUAACAGGGUUGUAACUGUUGCUCUGUACCCUAUAGUGAAAGAGAGCUUUCAGCUAUAUUAUGACAUAACAGAAAUCAUCGGUAUCUUGACUGAUCGGUUCAUGGAGCUUGAUAUCCCCAAUUCAGUAAAAGUUUAUGAGAUCUUCUGUCGAGUUUCGAAAAAGUACGAUGAUCUUGAUGCUUUUUAUGUCUUCUGCAAGAGUGUCGGAGUAGCACGUUCUGCAGAAUAUCCAGACGUUGAGAAAAUACCAUCAAAGAAACUAGACGUCAUGGAUGAAUUCAUCAAAGAGAAGUCAACAAUGGCACAAAAGAGGAGGGCUCAGAUCAUGGCACCAAAACCUGAACCGACUGAAGAAACCAAUGAGUCAAAACUCAAAGGGGACAUGGAUGGAAUUAAGGCCUUACCAACACCAGAAGGAUUCCAUGAAGAAAUAUAUAGAGAAGAAAAGAAAGAGGAUACAUGUAAGGAGAAAGAUAACAAAACCCAAGAAGUAGGAGAUUUGUUGAACUUAGGUGAAGAUGCAACAAAUACAGAAAAUCAUGAAGACAAACUGGCUUUAGCCCUAUUUGAUGGAUAUCCAGUGCCAAUGAUUACGAGUACUAUAACUCCAUGGGAAGCCUUCAAAGAAUCAGAUGAUUGGGAAACAGCACUGGUUCAGUCGGCCAGCUAUUUGUCGAACCAGAAGGCAUCACUUCCCGGAGGGUUUCACUCAUUGAUGCUUGAUGGAAUGUAUCAACAAGGGGUCAUAGAUCAGGCAGCAGCUUCUUCAGGUCUUAUAGCCACUGGAAGUACAAGCAGUGUUGCACUAGGUUCGACUGGAAGGCCAGCCAUGUUGGCAUUGCCAGCUCCACCACCAACUGGCGGAGUCGCCAACACAUAUACAGAUCCCGACCCUUUUGCAGCCUCACUAACAAUAGCACCACCACCGUACAUUCAGAUGUUCGAGAUGGAAAGGAAACAGAGACUGUUAGUAGAAGAGCAGUUAAUGUGGCAACAGUAUGCAAGAGAUGGACUGCAAGGACAAGUAGGAUUAGCUAACCUACAUCAAAAUCCAUAUCCAUACAACACAGGAGGUUACAUGAGAACCUACUGA